UGUGACUUGGCUUUGCAUUGAUGAGAUACUUCGCACUUGAGAUGUCUAUUUCGCCAUGAUGUGUUUUCCGUAUAUGAGAAUCCAGCGUGUGGCUCUCCCAUGCAAAUGCUCACACAACUAUCCAUCCCACCUCCCAAGCUAGCAUCACUAUCGACAGUACGCUUCACUCCAUUCCAACACAAAAAACUCCCACUUCCCACUACCCAUACAAACACCACACUCAACCCCUCAGCGCCAACCCGCCCCCUUAACCUUAUCCUUCCCACCCUUCCCUCCACCCUCCCACCUCUCAACCCGCCUAACAACCACAACCUCCUCCCUCUUCUUCUCGAUCCUCUUCUCACCCAUCUUCUCCCUGCCCUCCCUCUCCUCCCCACCACCCAAAUCCCGCAGCAACCCCCGAUGCACACCAUGCGCAGUCCAAUCCCGUUUCACGCUCGAGCUCGGCGCGGCAGUAAACCAGUCUGGCAUAUGCGCAUGCGCGUGCGUAAUCUUGCGGGAGGUGUACUUGUAGGAAGAGGAAGUGUGCUCGUAGAUUGUUGGGAGGGGGUGCGGAUAUACUCGUCGAUGGGGAUGGUGUAGGGGUUCGACGAGCUUGGUUUGCGGGCGGAUGUUGGAUGACCGUGUUGAGGUGUAGGAGUAGUGCGCGUGUGUUGUGUGGGUGGAGUGUGGUGGUGGCAU